AUGAGAUUCCUCUUUUACGUAAUGUAGAACCUAAUUCAUAAGUACCUGGUCCUGGAUUAUUAUGUGAAACAGAUUUAGGUCUAGAAUUCAUAUAAUCUAAAAAUUCCUUGUUCACUUUAUAAUGUUGUUUUGUUGGACUUUUCUACACUUUAAUUUCAAAUAUAUUAUAAUUUCCAGGUCCUGGAGUUUGAGAGUUACGAUUAAACAUAAUUCGUUAACCUUUAGGGAAAGUAGGUCCCCGAGAUUUUUACAUUUGAAAGACCUCAUUAAUCAUUAUGUUCUCACAGUAGAACUUCUAUUUAGGGAAUCUAUCUGCUUUUCCAAAUGUUUAAUGUAUAUUUUUUGUUUUAGACUCUUUCAUUUAAUUUAUUAAAAUGCAACUAUAUAUUUAUUCGUUCUUUACUAUUGUAUCUACUUAAAUCACUAUUCUAUUAAAAGUUCAUUUCUAUCAAGUUGAAUGCCUUGUACAAUUGUUAUCAUAUUUAAUUUACCCUUUCAUAUUUGAAUUUUCUUAAAUAAUCUGUUGAGUGUUAAAUAAGAAAUCAUUAUAAAAAUAUAUCUAAAACUAAUAGUUUAUCAUAUGGUAAUACCAACAUAAAUAUAUACAAUAUUUAAAAUGACAUCUUGUAAAUUUGAAAAUCACAUAACAGAUAAAUUUUAACAUCAUACUACUGAAACUUUAUUAAGAGACACUCUUCAUUUUCUAAGUAUGAGUAAAUUUUAUGAGUUUUAACUCUGUUAUAAUCCAUUAAUCUCAACCUUAAUUAAGUUAUCCAUAUUAUUUUUUAUUAGGGCUUUUUUUGAGAUCAUAUCUCUUAUUCUCUUAUUCAAUUCCACUUUGUAGUAAUUAGGUACCAUAUUUAGAUUUAGAAAAUGGUCUGGCUAUCAAUUUAAGUGGAGAUUUAUCAUCAUAUCUUACAGAAUAGUUAUGUAGGGUGUAUUUUGAUAUUUUACUUUUUUUGUUUUUUUACUAAACCUGAUAUCACUAGAAUAGUAAACUACCUAAAAAAAUAUUACAAUUUAAAUACAAUAGUUAUAAUAGACUUAAAGACAAUUUAUGAUAAUUGAUACGAAUGAGAUUUUCUUUAUGAUUCUUAUUUCUUUAUAAGAGAUUUUUUUUAAAUUAUAUAUUUACCUUGAAGAUCAUGAGGUUGAAAAAGUAUUAAAUUGUUUGUACAUACAGUAAUAGAGAUGCAGCUAUUAUCAUGAAUUUUUUCAAUUUUUACCAAACAUUUCAUUUUCAUUCAGAAUUAAAAUUUCUCUAAAUAAUUGUACAAUAGAAUUUAUUAUAUAAUUUUAAAGACAUCUUGA